GAUAACGAGUGUCACAUGUCGCUACGCAUUGCUGCGCUGGGCUAGACAAGGACAACCCGAAUAGCAGUUUGAUAGCUGUACACUGAGUCCACAACCAGAGAAACUACGCGUUGUGUGUAAAUAAAACAAGUCUGAUCCCCGACAAGAGUAUGCACAACGGCUCCAUGGCGAAAAGAGACGGAGAAGAAAACCUGGACUCAUGGCUCAAUAAAGCCACAGACCCCAAUAAUAUGGAAGACAGGUGGGAUUGUAUCCAGGAAUUCUACCAACUUAUCAACCAGGAGACCGAUGGUCCUCAGGUAGCGACGCGGCUUCUGGCCCACAAGAUCCAGUCGCCCCAGGACAACGAAGCUCUGCAGGCUCUCACCAUUCUGGAAGCAUGCAUGGACAACUGUGGCAGGAGAUUUCAAGUGGAGGCCGUUAAAUUCCGUUUUCUCAAUGAACUCAUCAAAGUGCUGAUUCCAAAGUACUUGGGCAAAUGGAGCUCAGACAGGGUGAAGGAGCGGGUGACUGAGGUGCUGUACGGCUGGACUCUGUGGCUCAAAGAGGAAGCCAAGAUCCAGGAAGCAUACAGAAUGCUUAAGAAACAAGGUAUUGUUAAAGAAGACCCUACAUUGUCAGACCGAAUUGCGAUGCCCCCACCAUCAGAGAGAACCAAAGAGUCCGUCUUUGACAAGGAGGGCAAGGCAGAGCUCUUAGCCAGGCUCCUGAAGAGCACAUGUCCCGAGGACCUACAGACCGCCAACAGACUCAUCAAAAACACCAUCCAAGAGGAGCAGGAGAAGGCAGCGCGGGAAUCGAGGCGUGGUUCGACUCUGAAGGAGGUGGAGACCAGCGUCUCCAAGCUGGGGGAGCUGCUGGCCAAGAGCAGCAGGACAGGAGCCCCCGUGCAGCACAGUGAGGAGCUCAGGGUGUUAUACGAGCACUGUGAUCGACUCAGACCUAGCUUGUUCCGGCUAGCCAGCGAAACGACAGACGACGAUGCGGCGCUGGCGCAGCUUCUUGCGGCUAACGACGAGCUAACGCAGGUGGUGACCACCUAUAAGGAGAGGGCCGCGAAGAGCGAGGGGGACCAAGCUAGUCGAGGAACAUCACGGAGAGAGGAAAAGACAGUCUAUGGGCCACCCACCAGUCCCAGGGGGAUUCGAAGCUACCACCUCAUUGACUUGUCCGCCCUGGACGCCCCACCAGACCAAAGAACAGCAGAAUCCCCCCUCCAUCCAUCCCCCCUCUCCUCCUCUCCUCUGCUCCUCCCCUCGUCCCUCCCUCCCCCUGCCCCCAGUGGGAAUGGUACCCUCCCCUCAGGGGUUGACCUGGAGCUCAUUGAUUUAGGCAAAACUGAACAUGCCCAACCCUGUCGGACGGAAGGGACGCGGAAUACAUACUCUAAAGAACUACUGCUGGUCAGCAGAGGACUUCGGAUGAAUUACGAUGAUGCAUGUGGGGGUGGUGACUACUUCCUCCCAGCUCAGAGUGGCUCUAGGGCAAAAGGCAGCUCUGGGAAGGGGGCUGACACCAUCUGGUACGCUGUCUCAUUCAUCCAAAACCCACCAUCUGCUGGAUCAGGACUGCCUCUCACGCUGCAGUGCCAGCCCCUGGACGGCCCUCUGUCCCCAGGGGAAUCAGAGGGCCGUCGGCCUCCUCCCCAGCCCUGUACAAACACCCACCUUCCCAUGGAUGCAGUCAGGCCCAGCCAGCUGGAGCCCCUCCCAGUGUGGGACCAGGCCGGGGUGCACGUCUCCCUCCACUUCCCCCGGGACCCUCCAAGGGAAAAUCCCGGCGAAGCCGUGGUGGUUCUCUCUGCCAUCAACACCUCCUCGCUUCCUGUGAGGGACUUCCUGUUCAAGGCCGCCGUGCCAAAGGGCAUGUCCGUGAAACUCCAGCCUUCCUCUGGCUCACAACUGCCUCCCUUCAACCCUGUGCUACCUCCAGCAGCCAUCUCCCAGGUUCUCCUCUUGUCCAACCCCCAGAAGCUGAAGGUACGGCUCCGCUACAAACUGGCACUGUUGCACGGCGACCAACCACUUAGUGAAACAGGCGAGAUAGAGAGCUUCCCUCCCUGGACAUCUUUAGUGGACGUCUAAAAUUAGAACCUACUGAGCUUCUAUUAUUUAUUAUUAUCCUAUUUUGUUGUUGUUGCUGAGCUUGUUGGCUGAGCUUACAUCACUUUUGCCGAUAACCUUGAUAUUUUCAUAAAUCGACAGUGAUUAAAAUGAUGCAGGUUGUGAGUCAUUAAACUGACACAUGCGCAGCUCUCUACUGUUGGUUGGAGCACUGCCCCCUUUACGGUUUUUAUAUUCUCUUUUCUAAUAUUUUCUACUCAAGCCUGUGCCUCCCACAUGCCUGCCCACACUCGCAUUGUUUUGGGUUUGUUUCCAGGAGUACGUUUAGCGUAUGCCGAGCCAAAUGCUUCGUUUAGAUUCCUUUUACUUGGUUUGGUUUUGGAAGAGCUGAAAAUCAGGGGAGAAGUGAGAAUGAAAGUGUUCUGUAUUUAAAGUGUUGUGUACCUUUUGUUGGGAAAUUCCCUCAUUGUUAUCCCUGUAAAUGUAGAACAAUUUAGUAUUAAUGUUAUUAUUAAAGGGAAAAAAUAA